AUGGCAGUAAAAUCCAAAAGUCCCCCCAAAAGUCCUCGCAAGCAGACCAAAGUCCAAUCCGUGCAGCAAAAGUCCAAGUCCAAGCAAAAGUCAACAGAAUGCCCGCCAAUGGAGAAGCCAAAGAAGAAGAAGAAGGCGCCACCCCAGGCCGAGGUGGAGUGCAACAGGCCCAAGUUCUAUCGUUCGCCAGAGGAGAAGCGCAGCUACUUGGAGCAGCAGGUGGUGCCCAUACUGAUGGAGGGGUUGCUGGCUGUAGCCCGCGACCAGCCCCGGGAUCCCAUCGGUUAUCUGGAGAAGUUCUGGCUGCAGGACAAGCAAAGGUGCGACAUACAGCUGCCCCAGAACAUCCUCUAG